GCUGCGGAGCGCUAGCACUCGCUCCCCCGGGGACUCGCAGAGGCAGCGGCGGCCGGGCGCGCCGGGCAUGCUCAGUCGCGGGCGCCGGGCUCCGAGUCGGAAGCCUGUGCGCGGCCGCCCAGCCGGCCCGGGCGCACGGGGAGCGCGCGCGACUGGCUGCGGCUGCGGCUGCGGCUGGGCCGCGGGGGACCCCGCGCGGGACGCGAGCCUAGCCCCUCGCGGCGCCCCUGACCUGCCAGCUCCCUAGAACCCGCGCAGGACAGGGGCCAGCCGCGGCUGGUGGCGGCGGGGCGCGGGGGAACAGCCUCGGCGCCGGCAGCGACUCCGGCCGCCCGGCCCGCCGCGUCCCGGAGCCGUCGGGCAUGGAGCCGUGGAAGCAGUGCGCGCAGUGGCUGAUCCACUGCAAGGUGCUACCCGCCAACCACCGGGUGACCUGGGACUCGGCGCAGGUGUUCGACCUGGCGCAGACCCUCCGCGAUGGAGUCCUGCUUUGCCAGCUGCUCAACAACCUCCGAGCGCACUCCAUCAAUCUGAAGGAGAUCAACCUGAGGCCGCAGAUGUCCCAGUUUCUCUGUUUGAAGAAUAUACGGACAUUUCUCACAGCCUGUUGUGAGACAUUUGGAAUGAAGAAAAGUGAACUCUUUGAGGCCUUUGACCUGUUUGAUGUUCGCGACUUUGGGAAGGUUAUAGAAACAUUAUCACGGCUUUCUCGUACACCAAUAGCAUUGGCCACAGGGAUCAGGCCCUUUCCAACAGAAGAAAGCAUUGAUGAUGAAGACAUCUACAAAGGCCUUCCUGACUUAAUAGAUGAAACUCGUGUGGAAGAUGAAGAAGAUCUCUAUGACUGUGUUUACGGGGAAGAUGAAGGUGGAGAAGUCUAUGAGGACUUGAUGAAAGCGGAGGAGGCACACCAGCAGAAAAGUCCGGAAAAUGAUAUACGGACUUGUUGUCUAGCAGAAAUUAAGCAGACCGAAGAAAAAUAUACAGAAACUUUGGAGUCAAUAGAAAAAUAUUUCAUGGCACCACUAAAAAGAUUUUUGACACCAGCAGAAUUUGACUCGGUAUUCAUCAACAUUCCUGAACUUGUAAAAGUUCAUCGGAGCUUAAUGCAAGAAAUUCAUGAUUCCAUUAUAAAUAAAAAUGACCAGAACUUGUAUCAAGUUUUCAUUAACUACAAGGAAAGAUUGGUUAUUUAUGGGCAGUACUGCAGUGGAGUGGAGUCAGCCAUCUCUAACUUAGAUUAUAUUUCUAAGACAAAAGAAGAUGUGAAACUAAAGUUAGAGGAAUGUUCCAAAAGAGCAAAUAAUGGGAAAUUUACACUUCGAGAUUUGCUUGUGGUUCCUAUGCAACGUGUUUUGAAGUAUCAUCUUCUGCUUCAGGAGCUGGUCAAGCAUACCACGGAUCCCAUCGAAAAGGCAAAUCUGAAACUGGCUCUUGAUGCAAUGAAGGAUUUGGCACAAUAUGUGAAUGAAGUCAAAAGAGAUAAUGAGACCCUUCGUGAGAUUAAACAGUUUCAGCUAUCUAUAGAAAACUUGAAUCAACCAGUUUUGCUUUUUGGGAGACCUCAGGGAGAUGGUGAGAUUCGAAUAACCACUCUGGACAAGCAUACAAAGCAAGAAAGGCAUAUCUUCUUAUUUGAUCUGGCAGUGAUUGUAUGUAAAAGGAGAGGUGAUAACUACGAAAUGAAGGAAAUCAUAGAUCUCCAGCAGUACAAGAUAGCCAACAACCCUACGACUGACAAAGAAAAUAAGAAGUGGUCUUAUGGCUUCUACCUCAUCCAUACCCAAGGACAAAAUGGGUUGGAAUUUUAUUGCAAAACAAAAGAUUUAAAGAAAAAAUGGCUGGAACAGUUUGAAAUGGCUUUAUCUAACAUAAGGCCAGACUAUGCAGAUUCCAAUUUCCAUGACUUCAAGAUGCACACCUUCACUCGGGUGACAUCCUGCAAAGUCUGCCAGAUGCUCCUGAGAGGAACAUUUUAUCAAGGCUAUUUAUGUUUUAAAUGUGGAGCAAGAGCACAUAAAGAAUGCUUGGGAAGAGUAGACAAUUGUGGCAGAAUUAAUUCUGGUGAACAAGGGCCGCUCAAACCACCAGAGAAACGAACCAAUGGACUCCGAAGAACUCCCAGGCAGAUGGAUCCAGGUUUACCAAAAAUGCAGGUGAUUAGAAACUACACUGGAACACCACCCCCGGGUCUUCAUGAAGGACCUCCCUUACAUAUCCAGGCGGGGGAUACCAUUGAACUUCUCAGAGGAGAUGCACACAGUGUUUUUUGGCAGGGUAGAAAUUUAGCAUCAGGAGAGAUUGGAUUUUUCCCAAGUGAUGCUGUUAAGCCUUCCCCAUGUGUGCCCAAACCAGUAGAUUAUUCUUGCCAACCCUGGUAUGCUGGAGCAAUGGAAAGAUUACAGGCAGAGACUGAACUUAUCAAUAGGGUAAAUAGUACUUACCUUGUGAGGCACAGGACCAAAGAGUCAGGAGAAUAUGCAAUUAGCAUUAAGUACAAUAACGAAGCAAAACAUAUCAAGAUUUUAACGAGAGAUGGCUUUUUUCACAUUGCAGAAAAUAGAAAAUUUAAAAGUUUAAUGGAACUUGUGGAAUACUACAAGCAUCAUUCUCUUAAAGAAGGGUUCAGAACCUUAGAUACAACUCUGCAGUUUCCAUACAAGGAGCCAGAACAUUCAGCUGGACAGAGGGGUAAUAGGGCAGGCAACAGCUCCCCCUCUUUGUUCUGUGGCUUUUCUUUUUUAACUCCUCCAGACUACAGCUUUGUUCCCCCUUCUUCCACUCCUUUCUGGUCAGUAUUAAGUCCAAAAGUACUGGGCAUUGCCAUCGCUCGGUAUGACUUCUGUGCAAGAGACAUGCGAGAACUGUCCUUGUUGAAAGGAGAUGUGGUGAAGAUUUACACAAAGAUGAGUGCGAAUGGCUGGUGGAGAGGAGAAGUGAAUGGCAGGGUGGGCUGGUUUCCAUCCACAUAUGUGGAAGAGGAUGAAUAAAUUCCAAUCCAGCAUUGAAUCCUGCACCCAAAAUCUCAGAGAACAAAUAAGCAGAGCCUGCAAAGCAUUAUGAAUUACCUGAAGUGUUUAAAAAGCUGCAUUUCUGGCUGUUCAGCAUCCUCCCUCCUUUUCCCUUCCUAAGUCUUAAUGCUGGGAUUUUUAAAGAUGCUGGUACUGACAGAUUAAUGGCUUGCCUAGAGCCAUGCAAGAAACAGCCUGCCCAUCUGUCAUUGUCAGGGACCAGGGCAAGGCCAAAAGCUUUGCUUCCCAAAAGAGACCUGCAAACACAUUCAUCCAGAUUCUCUUUACCUCCAUCAGGUCAGAUACCCUAAAGGCCAUCCACUAGUAAAUGCUUAAUGCAUGGUUUCUUUAUUGUCAAGCAUCAUUCACCAAAAUUUUUGAUGGGACAAAGAAGCAGAGGUUUAAUUCUGUUUUGCCUAGCAGGAAAAAAAAAAUUAAGAGUGUUUUCAUUUGGGAAAGAUCCAGUAUACUGGAAAGAUUCAGCAUUACUUAUCAUAAAUUGUCCAACAGGUGACUCAUUGCCCAACAAACAAUUUCACCCCCAGAUGUUACUCAUGAUAAAAUAUAAAAGAUAAAUGCUUAGGUUUGCGUCAUAAGUGAUAUAUUCCAGAAAGAUUUGAGUUACUCAUUUGAUGUUCUGAUUAUAACUGCACACUCCUUUUUAUAAAAAUGAGGAGAUAAAGCACAUGACAGUUGUCUUCGUACUAAAUUUUGCAACUUUCAUGAUGCCAUAGGGUUAUUUUGAAAAUGUAGUACUUGAUGAAGUAAUCAUGGUUAGAUAUAUUAUGGGUAGUUUCCCAUAACCUGAGUAAAGUGGUGUUGUUUACAAAGCAGAUCAAGGGCUAUACUCCAUAGUAAAUGAUUUUAUAGCACCAGUAUCUAUUGACAUUAGCCUUUCCUUCUUCCUGGAUAGAUGUGCAGCAUAUUUGUUGAAUCCUAUAUUUUCAUGGAGUAUUACUUGAGCACAAACAAAUUUGUUGAGGUUUUUGGAAGGAAAGCACACCUGGGUCCUUUAUGCAUUUAGGGACAAAAAAGAGGGUCACUGGGCUUCUGUGGACUUGUGACAUUGAGAGUCUUCCCUUUUGCAGGCCUUUCUGGGCAUUUAUCACCUAGCGGAAGAUGAGUGUUGCAGAACAUUACUUUUACCAAGUCUUCCCUUUUUUGUAAGAUCUAAAUACAUUCUUCUUGGAAUGCCCAGUCACCAAUGUAGGCAGUCAAGUUAAGACACUAACUUGGCCCUUUCCUGAUGAAAUGUUUCCUCCACAGUAGAAGUGAUGUUCUGAAAAGAUGCUGAAAAUGUUUUGUGUUUUGGAUAAACAAAAAUGCAAAGCAUUAACUUCAUAGAACCAAACAAGGAACAUUUGGUUCUGAAAUGUCAGAUCAUCUUUGAAAUGAAGGGGCUCUGCCUUCCCUCUUCCCAGCAUACUUGGGUAUCUGAACUUGAUGUUCAGUGGUCACACAUUCCCUGCUAGAGACCCUCCUAGGUUAGGACUUCUCAUCUAGAAUAGAUUCAAGGCCUUACCUCAGAAUUAUGUAAACUGUGAUUGUCUUUUAGAAACAUUGUUAUUUGCUAAAAUCAGUCAAGUCUUUGUAAAUGUGUAAAUGACCAUGAAAAUGUAUUUUAUAAAAUGUUCUGUACAGUAGAGUUACACCACCAAGGUGAAUCGUUUGAGUGGAUUCCUUCCUAUAAAGUCUUAUCUAUGACUGUGUCUGGGAAUGUUUGUCUGUUACUGUCAGGCAAGUGUUAUUACAGAGAGUGCAGCUUCACACAAACUGAACUGCUCCUGUGUACAGUACUGUGGCAUGUAUUGUUUAUUUCCAUCCAUAGACUCCUCCCUUACAGAUAUGUGGUCUUUGUGUUGAGUUUCAUUGACCUGGAGGUUUUCAUAGCAGAGGAUAUUAGAUCCCAUUUUCAUGACAUUACCAGUUACAUCUUUGUCUACAUUUAAUACUUUGUAUUGGAAACUUUAAAUUCUGUGGAUAUAUGUAGAUUUCUAAUACCAAAGACAGAAGUAAAUGUUUUUCAUAUACUUUGUCUUGCAUGUAUGCAGCUCUUAUGUAAUAUGGUGAAUUAGAAUGGUAUUGUACUUUGUAAUAUUUUGUAAAUAUGUCAAUACAAUAAAUAGUUACUACUUGCA